UUUCGCAAGAGCCAUCCGAAAGCCCUUACGUAACCCGUUCGCACCUCCUUCCGCUCGCCCCCUCAUUGGAUACCCACAAUACUCCUCUACACGUCUAUAACUUACAAACUCCAGUAGGACUCAUAAGUUUCGACAAAUGAAACCACUUCUCAUUUCUGUGAAGACAGCUGCAGCAGAGUGCACGCAUCCCGGUUAAAAUGUCUCUUACAAUGGUCAUGUGUCUGCUCGUUUUGUACAAGACUUCAGGUCUGACAAAUGGUUUACAUGUGUCGGUGGCUCAGUCGAAACUAUCCGUGAGUGAAGGCUCAAACACAACCUUAAUGUGCAUUGUUAAGGAAACUGGAAAUUAUUAUUUAGCCGUCAACUGGUAUAAAUGCCCAAAACUCAGUAACAACUGUGCCAGCCCAUCCCGUGUAGGUGGACGAGACCAGAUUUGGUAUCAAAAAGAUUAUCCCUCCUUUUUACAGGGUGGUAGAUUGAUCUGGACGACUGGCAGAAACGUGUUUAACUUGACUUUCAUGCAGGUUCUCAAAGAAACUGCAGGGAACUACUGCUGCUUAGCACAAACAUGGUAUUUUAUAGCAGUGGGACCUGCGUGGCGCUACUAUGGAGAAAGCAAAGCCAUCGUGGAGCUGAUUAUCAUCAAUAACACCAAAUCAACCCAUGGAUCUUCCACCCCAGAUGAAGACUUUUCAUACGACACAAAAUCGAUCAUGAUUUGUGUAGGAGUGGUGCUGCUGCUUCUGCUACUGAUUGUCAUCACCAUUGUUGGAUUCAAACUUUGGUUCUACAAGAAGCAUCACCGUGACAAACAAGUCAGUAAACAAACAACUUGCCAGGCUGACGAAGACAAUCAAGAUAACAUCAACUAUGCUGAGCUGGAUAUGCAUGUUCUUGGAAGGUGCCAGAAAGCCCCGAAAGUAACAGUGAGCCAAGAGUCAAGUGGCUUGUAUGCUCGAGUUUAUGAGAAGCCACACACAGGCGCUCACUGUUAACAAAAUUGAGGCAUCUCGUCAGCUGCAGGAUAUGUGCCGUCUGGCAAUUGUAGACUUUGCAUGGCAAAAGGUGCACAUCAUGUAUACGCAACUUUAAUUUGCAUAAUUAACCAACCAAUAUUUCCACAAUUGAUCUCGACCUUAACAUAUGAUUUCAUAUUGAUACUCUGCGAUGUACCACUGUCAACUUCUUUCCAAGUGAUACUGGUAGGAACCGCUGGUUACACCAGCCCACAGGGGAUUAUUGUGUCCGUCCGUCCGUCGUGCA